AUGGAGGAUAGCCCUGGUCCGAGGGCUAGUCCCGCCACCAAAGUCCCCAGCGCAUGUCAGCGCUGUCGACGUCAGAAGCUAAAGUGCGACAUCCAACGGCCUUGUACCCUCUGCACCCGCGCCGGGGUCCGCUGUCUUCCCGGUUCGGCGACCCGCUGGCGACCCUACCGGCAUCCGCAAGAUACGCCCGCAUCACCAACGGCCCAGACACCAAAUACAAGUGCCCCGAGACGCCAUGCGAGUUCACCCCAUGUCAUCGGUUCUGACCAACGUCCCGUCGAGACGCCAACUCCAGGGACAUCAUUGCACCGAAAAGAUCGUGAUUGGAUAUCAAGCUCCACUAUAUCCCUUCUAGGCGGGGCAUUCAACCUUCACAAUGUGGCCGCACCGGGGCCACCUGCAACCGACGCACUGCCGGGAGCCCCAUUGCGAGAGCCUAAAUCUGCUUCACCGAGCGUUGAGGUUGACACAUCUGAGCCUUCCUCUUCAACUGCACUCGCGACUUGCGAUCCGUUCUCUUCCGUUACGGGGAAUUUGGCGUCCCUACUACCCAGCUUUGACGCGGCCAGGCUUCUCGUAGAUACAUAUUUUGAUCGAGCGCACUGGUUCAUGUUGGUCUUCUAUCAAGACGAGUUUCGUCAGCGGUGGCCCAAACUGUACGGUGGCUCUACUGAGAGGCCUUCAAUAUACGCCCACCAUCACCUCGGCUUUCUCAGCACCUUCCUGAUCGUGAUUGCUAUCGGGCUGCAGUACACCGGGCCCUAUCGACGUGAGAUUCUCUCGAGAUAUGGGGUUGAAAUGGCCCUUAGGGAUCGCAUUCUCUCUGUUGUGAGAUCGGGGCUUCUUGACAUCAUGUCCCUCGGGUCUUUAGAAGCAGUUCAAACCUGCAUUCUCCUUGGUACGUAUUAUUUAUACCAUGGUGCUCCACGACUGGCAUGGCCAGUAUGCGGAUGUGGGCUUCGUAUCGCCCAGGCUCUACAAUUACACCGCCGGCAGAAUCCCGUUCAAUCGACUAAUCUCCGAACGCGCAAUGAAACUCGCAAAAGAUGCUGGUGGGCAGUGUAUGAGGUUGAAACCUUCUCUGCCGUAGCAUAUGGCUAUCCACGCAGUAUCCGCGAUGACGAUUGUGACGUAGAACCGUUGGAUCCAUCAGCCAAGCUUCAGACUAUGCAGUCUCCAGGUUCGUUCGAUGAACCUCUGACGUCGGAUCCAACGCUACUUUCCUACAAGUACUUCAUAACCAAACUAUCUACCAUCACUAAGGGAGCCUUGGAUGACCUGUAUCGCGUUCGCUCGCAUGCAGCUAGCCGAUCUCACCCAAAUUCACUGGAUAUCCAAAGAAUCGUUCGAAAGGUAGCCGACUACGACAGUCGACUCCGUCAUUGGGAAGCAGAGAUUCCUCUUCCACUCCAGUGGCGCAGGGUCGCUCACCAGUCUCAUUAUGCCUCUGCCGAAGAAGUCGAUCGCGAUAUUGGAGCCUCAGGGCCUAGCUUCGAGAAUCAUAUUUAUCAACUCCAAGCUCUCGCUCUGUGGCUUGCGUAUCAGAACGCACGCAUUCUCACGUACCGUCCACUUCUUUCCUACAUGCUGGCCGCUCGAGAACGAACCAGCAAGUAUAAUGGUGAUGCUGCAUAUUCGGUCGACCCAUUUAAUGCCUCUUUGAACGCUUGUCGUGAUGCGGCGCUCGGCAUGUCGGAUAUUCUGUCAAGCCCGUUAUUAGAAGUGGUUUCGGAAACCUAUGCAGCUUCGUUUGUUAGCAUUCAUACAUUCACAGCAGGCGUGACCCUCGGUAUCCUCAGCAGCAUGGAUCCUCUGGGUCCACACUCUACCGAGAACAAGUCCGGACUCCGCAAAUUGAUCGGCAUCCAGGACAAGCUCCGAUCACAUUCAGUUGCAGCGCAGCAGGGACUGACCAUUCUUCAGCGCCUCGUAAAAUUGGUCAUGGAAAAAGAACUCAGCGUAAUGAUGGAAUUGUCUACUUCUGCAACCACUGCGCAUCCAAAUGAGCCGACAAUAACGAAUCCUUCAUCAAGACAGAGAAUGUCGGACCAAGUCUCCGAUGAACCAGUAGCUCGAUAUGAUGCCAUUGAUCCUCCUGGGGUACCCACAGCAGUCGUAGGCUCCAUUGCUCGGGAUAUCCCAGCUGCAGAUGGAUUCGCUCAAUACAUGCAUGAUCCUGCUCUAGCAGCUGCCCUUCAAGACUUUGAUCAAGCUCUGUCAAACUAUGCCCCUCGAGCCCAAGUAGUCUCUCAUGGCAGCCCAGACAACCCGUCAUUCUGGCCCACCACGGAGGGCUUUCCGAUCCUGGAGCAGAGUUGGAUGUGGGGUCUAGAAGGUGCACCUUUCUACGGGGAGCAUACAGGUCCAAGCUAUGGCAGUAGCUAUACACCCUGA